CAAGCCGAGGACAACCCCGUUCUAAAGGAAUCCAAUUCGGUACUGAGCCUGGUGGCAAAAAGCUGCCAUCAGAUUGGGGAUAAAUGGAGUGUCACUUUUGACAUGUCUUCCAUCUCUGCUGAUGAUGAUGUCCAGCUGUCUGAGCUCCGCUUCAGACUGCCUUCUUUCUCUGCAUCCAAAAGAGUGACGGUGGAGAUCUUUCACUCCAGGGAGCAGGAGUGUGCCGAGGAGUCAGAUAGCCAGCCGUGCCAGGACCGCUUGUUCCUGGGCAGCUUCGGUGCCUCUCCAGCUGACUCUAACUCAUCCUGGAAAAUCUUCAACGUCACAGCCCUGCUCAAGUACUGGCUCCACCAGGGGGAGAGUUUUGUGAACAGAGAGGGGGCAGCAGUCAUAGGGGAUCCCCUCCAUGAAGUGCCAGAAGAGGAACACAAGGAGAGGCUGGAGCAGGGACAACAGCACAAGCACCACGCCAACAGCACUGAGAGCAGCAGCGAGAGGAAAGUCUACCAUAAGACUGUGGACCGAGUCAUGAUGGUAGUCUUCUCCAAACACAACCACUCCAGAGAGGAAACGGGUAUGCCAACCCUUAUCCACACUGUGGAGCACUCCAAAUAUAUCACCCUGGACAAAGUUGGGGACCAGUCAGGCAGGCGACAGAAGAGGAACAGGAAUGAGCAGGAGAGAGUGAAGUUGGCCGGUAAUGUUGGGAGCACCGCUCCCACACCUGAGAGCCCCAAGAGUCCACUGUGCAGGAAGGUGGACAUGUGGGUAGACUUUGACCAGAUUGGCUGGAACCAGUGGAUCGUGCACCCGAAACGGUACAAUGCCUUCAGGUGCGAGGGAGAGUGUCCCUGUCCUGUGGACGAGACAUUUAAUCCUACCAACCAUGCAUACAUGCAGAGUCUGGUGAAACUGUACCAUCCAGACAAAGUGCCAAGUAUAUCCUGCGUGCCCUCAAGACUUGGCCCACUUUCGAUGCUCUAUUACGAGAAUGGAGAGCUGGUACUGCGACAUCAUGAGGAAAUGAUGGUGGAGGAGUGUGGCUGUCACUGAGCAGAACCCCUUAACGGCAUCACAGAGGGACUCAAAUUCACCUCGGACUCACUUAGAAUUCAGAAGCACAAGACCCAGGAGACUCAUUUCCUAUAUUUAUUCAUGAAAUGAGCCACAGAGGCUUGGUCUGAGUAAGCCAGAAGAAAUAGAAACUAAAGCAGUCUG